AUGGCCUCAGCCGGCGGUGGUCUGACACGCCGACGGGGAGGCGGCCGAGUCGGCGGAGAAGAAAGCGCUGAUGGGAGUCGAGUCUCCUCCCCGGUGCCUAGGAAUGGAUCUGCAUACGACAGUCGAGUCCCUGAGACAUCUUACGCCGACGGCGAGAAUGGACACAAGAUCGCUUUCGACCCCAGGGACAUCAGCGAGAACGAGGAGAGGACCAAGCAGCCCAAGCUGACCCUCAUGGAAGAAGUGCUGCUUUUGGGGCUGAAGGACAAACAAGGGUACCUGUCGUUCUGGAAUGAAAACAUUUCCUACGCUUUGCGUGGCUGCAUUGUCAUAGAACUUGCUUUCCGCGGCCGUAUAAGCAUGCAAAAGGAUUCUUCACGGAGGCGAUUCCCUCUCGCCGAUCGCAUUAUCGAGGUGGUUGACGACACGCUUACCGGUGAGGUCUUGCUGGACGAGGCACUCAAGAUGAUGAAAUCGAGCGAGAAAAUGAGCGUGAGCUCCUGGAUUGAUCUGAUGAGUGGCGAGACCUGGAACUUGAUGAAGAUCGGCUAUCAAUUGAAGCAAGUACGCGAGCGAACCAUGAAGGGCCUUGUAGACAAAGGAGUCCUUCGUACCGAAAAGCGCAACUUCCUCAUUUUCGACAUGGCUACUCACCCUGUUGCCGAUUCGGGCGCCAAAGAGGAACUUUACAAGCGGGUUCGGAAUGUAUGCAGCAACCGCACCGUGAUGCUGAAUCCCAAUCCAUGGCUCCCGGAAGACGUCGAAUUCCGAUACCUACGCACAAUUACCAUGGUGUGCGCCGCGUAUGCUGCAAAUGUGCUUGAAAAUGCACUGACUACCAUGAGCCACGAAUCUCGAGAACGGGGGUUUGCUCAGGUGGACGAAUUACUGGCCGAAUACUCACAGUGGCCAUUUGGCCGGAGAGCCGGCGCUGGGCAAGCUAUUGGUGCAAACCUUGCCCAGGCAGUUAAUGACGAAGUCAACAGUGGCAAGGAUCGGGAACUCCAGCUAGAGGUAUAUCUAUAUUUUAUGACUUGGUUUUUAAGGCGUCUUUUUGCUAACUAUUCUAGAUCAUCGCCGCGUGUUUAA